CUUGACCGAGGCAGCUAUUGAGAGACAUACUCACCAAAGAACUACCGGAGUCCAAGACACCUGAAACUGCUCACAUAGAGUUCUAGAUAUAGUUUCUACUUUUCCUUAUUCCUUUUUAUAAUGGGGUUUUGAGGCUUGGCUAACUGUAGCAUCCUCGGGUUGGUAACUGUGUGGUGAGAGCUUUGUUGUAAACCUGAGUGGCUCUCUACUUGCAAGGUAGAGAAAUAUAACUCUUCUUAGAGAGGAUAGAUCGAGUUAGGGUGGCUCAAGGGUAGACUAGGAGAGUUUCUCUUGUAACCAUUCAAAGGUUUUUAGUGAAGUUAAAAUUCCUCCGAGGGAUGUCGAGGUUUUUUAAUCCCUUUUGAGCCAAGAGUUUUUUCCUAGUUAAAUCCUUGUGCACUUAUUUACUUUGCUUCACCCUAUACCCCACACUAGAAAUUGGAGAAAAACUGUCACGGUUCCACACACACACAAUUCACCCCCCUUGUGUUACUAACCGUUUCAUCAAUUGGUAUUAGAGCCGAUCUUCACCACAUAGAGGGUAAAACCUUGUGAAGAGACCCGACAAAAUGAAUACGGUUGAACGACUGGAAGAAUCGAAUGGAAAAUUUUGUCAAAACCGAAAACUAUCAGAUAUGGAAUGUAAUUAUAGAAGGCGACAAUGUCAUCACUAAGGUAGAUGAUGAAGGUAAGGUUGUUCCUAAACCUAAAUCUGAAUAUACUAUUGAUGAUUAUCAAAAACUCGAGCAUAAUGCCCAAACACUAAAAUACUUGAUUUGUGGACUUGGUCUUACCGAACAUAAACGAGUUCUAGGAUGCAAGUCUGCAAAACAAAUGUGGGAUUUGCUCGAGGUUACUUAUGGAGGUACCUCACGUGUAAAAAGAUCCAAAAUUGACAUAUUUAUGCGGCAUUAUGAAUUAUUCGUAAUGAAGCCAAAAGAGUCAAUUGGGGAUAUGAUUACACGUUUUACUAAUAUCAUAAAUGAGCUUUCAGCCCUUGGAAAAGUUAUUUCUAUUGAAGAUCAAGUAAGGAAGGUAAUGAAAAGCUUGCCCUCUACAUGAAAGCCUAAAACUACGACAAUAGAGGAAGCCAAAGAUCUCUCUAUAAUGACUCUAGAAGACCUUACGGGUUCACUCAUGACGUAUGAGUUAGGACUACAAGAAGAACAAGAUGCUGAAAAUGUAAGGAAAGAAAGAGGAAUAGCUCUGAAGGCUCGAGAGGAAGAGGAGGAAUCCGAAAGCCAAUCAGAAUACGAGAUGAGCAUGUUUGCUAAAAAGUUCGAGAAGAUGUACUGGCAGUUCAAAAGCAACAGGAACAAACAAGGGUUAUGUCUUAUGGCUAAUUCCGAUGAGGAAUCCGACCAAGAGAACUUUAAGGGUUUUUAACGAGACAUCUCCCCAUUGUGGAUCAAAAGGCGUUGACCCUCAAUCCCCUAUUGAAGACAUGCAUUACUCUACUCCUCUUCGCCUCACUACAUUCACCUCAAGGAGUGGGGGUCUGGAAGAGCGGGUGACUUAGCAUCUCUGUUAAUCGAAGAAGCACAAAUUCAAAAAAUUUCAUGAAUUUUACUCCACCAGACGACGACAGAUCAGUACAUAGCUCUACUCCCUUUCGCCUCGAGUACUUUCGAUUUAGGGAGUGGGGGACUCCUGAUGGAGUAUAUAGACUCGGACUCCCGGGUUUCACGAUUAUUGGGACUGGACAGCCGCCACACACGCCUUACAGAUAUUACUUGUAUUAUUGUAUAGUCCAAUUUGUAUCCACUAGAUUAGUCUUAUAUAUUAUCAGUCCAUUUAUGUAACCGGGUCUGUUGGGUCCAUAUUAGAGGCCCAAACCUGGAUUUCCCUAUUUAUAUUCCUCUUGGAGCCUCUUGUAAAGCUAAUUCCCUAGAACAUAACUUACACUCUUUCUACUAUUCAUCUUCUUCUCC